UCCUAGUUGGAGUAGAGUGAAAAGACGAAAAGUGUUCUUUACAAGGUUUUUAUUUUAUUUUCCUUCCCACAGAUUUCGAUUACACACAUCAUAUUGCCUCAGAGAUGAUUUGCGAAGUUUGACGCUGGUGAUCUAAGCAAAAACUCAAGGUGAUGGUGGUGAUGGAGGAAAGUAGAACUCCUGUCAUUCUGAGUCCUCAGUGUGUUGGGAGAGAGUUUGUGAGGCAAUAUUACACUCUACUCAACCAAGAACCCUUGAAGCUUCACAGAUUCUACACAAAAAACUCCAUAUUUUCUCAUGGAGACUCUGGCAACACUCAUGCAGAACCAGCCACUGGGCAAGAGGCAAUUUACAAGAAAAUCCAGGAACUGAAUUUCCUUGACUGCCGUACCAAGAUUCGGCAAGUAGACAGUCACUCCACCCUUGGGUCCGGUGUAGUUGUCCAAGUGUCUGGAGAGCUGUCCAACAAUGGCCAGAAUAUGAGAAGAUUCAUGCAAACCUUUGUCUUGGCUCCUGGAGAAGACCCAAAGAAAUACUAUGUCCACAAUGACAUCUUCAGGUACCAAGACGAGGUCUUCCAUGAAGAAACCAGUGAUGAAACAGCUGAUGGAACAGUUGAUUCUGAAGGAGAAGAGGAGCCAAAUAAUCAAGUUCCAAAUGGAGUCAAUAACUACAAGCAGUCCCAGGACACCAUGCUUGUACAGAAUGUUGGCCAGGAUAUGCCAUCCAACCAAAUGUACUACACAAGCACUGUUAGGUCAAACAGUGAUGGAGGUAAUUUGAUGCCAAAUCAAAUUUUACAAGAGGAUUCCCAAGAACUGCAAGAAAUAGUGGUUGACAAGCAGCCAACAGAGGUUUCAGUUAAUGAUGCCUCAAGAGACUUGUCAGACAUAAAGCCUGCUGAGUCAGAAGACAGCCUCCCUCUUGAUGACACCCCAAUCAUUACUGAACCUAAUGAAGUUCCAUCAACKGACCAUUAUGGAGAUGAGGAACAACCUCAGGAGUCUCCUAAACCUCAAGAGGAAAAGCCAAAAACUUGGGCAGCCAUGUUAGGUAGAUCAAGUGGAGCACCUGUGGUUACUGCRCCAACACCCAAGCCACAACCAAAAGUCACACCUCCACGCCCAGCUGUUGUGCAACCAGCAGCUCCAAAGCCACCUGCCCAACGUGAAAGGAGUGGCUUUCCCAAUAAAGAGAGCCGCAUGGCAGCAAGAAAUGCACCUGAUGAUCAUCAAGUGUUUAUUGGUAAUCUACCAAAUGGUGUGAAAGAUGCAGAAGUCAGAGAAGUUUUUGCAAAGUAUGGAUCUAUUCUGGAGAUCAGACUGAACCCAAAGAACUUUGGUUUUGUCAUUUUUACAAGUCCAGAACCAGUGAAACAGAUCCUAUUGAACAAGCCAAUCAAAAUCGGAAACCAGGAUAUCAACAUUGAGGAGAAAAAGCCCAGUGGAGCACGCCGUGACGCUCCUUCUGGUGCAGGAAGAGGAGCCGCUGGCGGUAAAGGUGGCGGGCGUGGUGGAGGACAGGGAGGUCGCGGAGCACCYGGAGGGCCAGGUUCUGGUGGACGUGGUGGUUUUGGCGGGAACGCGCGUGGUCAACGCCGCAGUAGUGGCUCGUCGGCCCGUGGCGGGAAACCCGCCAAAUAAAGCAAUCAAUGUCAAACAGUCACAGAUUUUUUUAGUCCUACAGUUAUUAUGUGGAACAUUUUCGACAGAAAAUUGAAAUUUCAAAAUAUACCUACAUAAMAGCUUCAGACGUACAAGUAUUGAAAUUUGGGUUAGCUUGACUAAUCCUGAUAAAUAAUAAUAUACAGAUGAAAAUUUCCUUUUUUCCUGAGUUUUUUUUUACCACUGUAUGUUUGUUAUAGUAGUAGUGUGUAAUUGGCUUUCUGAUAUUUAGAACAAGCGUGAAUUCAAUCGAUCACAAUAACUGUUUUCAUAUCUUUUUUUGUGUAAUACAAUGAAACUUUGAAGUUCAUUUGAAAAGCAGUGAUUGGAUUCGCGAUGUCAUAUCGAUUGCUAUUCCCCAUAGAAUUAUAUUGAAAAUUUCUGACUGUGAAGUUUAUAAAACUAAACCAAAUAACGUAUUUAUA